GUUUUGUGAUAAUUUUUGUAAUUGUUGGCACUGCGUUGCUUAAGAUUUUCUUAGUUUAGUUCUUUAGACUUAGAGUUUCGGAGGGUUGUCAUCCAUUUAGUUACCCAAAUGUUUUUUUUAUUUUAUUUUCAUUUUAAGUCUCUUAUGUGCAUUUUAUUUGUGAUGCUAUUUGGAUCUGUCAAGUAACUAGUUUCUUUUACUUUACUUUUGCAGGUUUUAAUUGUAGGAUGGUUAAUGUGCCAUGCUGCCAAUGUGGCAGAAAAUUUGCUGAUAUUAGUUCAUUAAAUGUUCAUUUUCAUUGCUCUCAUAAAAAUUGUACUACGUUCGUCUGCAAUAUUGCUUGUGAGAAUGAUCGUCUCUGUAGUAGAAGAUACAAUGUUUACAACUCCUACCGUAAGCAUUUGAUUCUGACGCAUCACAUACCAAUCUUUGCUCCUGAACUUCGUGCUCAAGUGCUUUCAGAGAGAACACCUGAUGAUGAUAAUACGACUCGCCUUGCUGUAUUUUUAGAUCAACAAGAGAGAGAUGCUCAAGAUGAUAAUGUUGCAGAUGAAUGUAAUGUUAAUGUCAAUGUUAAUGUCAAUCGCAUCACUUCUGCUGAUGCCAAAGAUUUAUUACUUGACCAAGAAGAUGUCAUUGUAGCUAAAUUUUAUGCAAACCCUGCCUUUCCCAGAAAUCUAGUUACUAAAGUUGUAAAUGAGUUUUCUAAUUAUGUCACUAGUCCCUUUUUCGAGCAUAUGGAGAAGCUUGUAAUGUCAUCCCUUGAUUCAAAUAUGGUAGAGGCAAGAUCUGAAAUUGAAGAUAUGUUUGAUCGUUUGAGGCAUCCUUUUGAUCCCCUUCAAACUGAGUACAAAAGGCUGCAGUACUUUGAAUCUUGUGGACAUUACAUACCACCUGUUUUAUAUCCAAUUGACUACCGCGAAGAAAGAGUUAAAUCGAAAAAAGGUGUUACUCUUGAAAUGAGACCUGUCCCUGGUCAAAAAAUACCUCUUCAACCCUUGUUAAAAAAUUUCUUUGAGCUGCCUGAUGCUUUUGAGGAUACUUUGGCUAAUAUGUUAGCUCUUCAGGAAGAGAGAGACUGGAUAUGCAAUAUGGUGCAAGGUGAAAUUUGGAAAAGAAAGCGUGCCAGGUUUAGUGAUGAUGCAAUUGUUUUUCCUAUUAAUUUUUAUUACGAUGAAGUAGAGCCAAAUAGUGCCUUGGGUCCUCAUUGUGAACCGUUAGGAUGCUCUUAUGUACACAUUCCAGUAUUGCCCUCUGAAUGGAACUCUAGAUUAGAAAACAUAUUCCUUGCUGCUUUAUUUGAUGGGGAUAACAGAACUGUCUAUGGUAAUAAGAAAACAUUUCAGCCUGUCAUUCGUGAACUAGUGUUGCUUGAAACAGAAGGUGUGAAGCUCAAUCUACCUGAACGGGGUGAAGUUACUAUGUUUUUGGCAGUUGGCUUAAUUUUGGGGGACAAUAAAGCUUUGAAUAGUAUCUGUGGCUUCCAGGAAGGGUUUUCGGCUAUUCAUUACUGCAGGGUUUGCACUUGUCCAAAUAAUCUUGCAAAGAAAAUGUUUGUUGAAGAUCCUGCUUUGCUUAGAACCCCAGUUAGUUAUGCAAAUGAUGUGAGAAUUGAUCAGCCAAAAGUUACUGGUGUCAAAGAAGAAUGUGUCUUUAAUGAGAUCCCUUCAUUUGAGUGUCCAACAGAUAUUAGCCUGGAUUAUUUUCAUGACUUUAUUGAAGGAAUUGCCCAUUAUACCAUGGUUCCUGUUUCGAAGCAUUUUCAUCAGUUGAAUAAUAUGUUCAUUUCAACUUUGAAUACUCGUUUAUAUGCCCUUGAUCUUGGUAUUGAUGGUGAUAAUAGACCACCUCUCAUAAAUUUAGAUAGACUUUUGUCUAAAGAUAAACUGAAAAUGACUGGAUCUGAAAUGACACUCUUCAUCAGGAUUUUUGGGCUUAUUGUUUAUGAUAUGGUGCCAGAAGGUGAUCCCUUUUAUGACCUUUAUCUUCUUUUGAAUGACAUCACAAGUAUCUUAAAUGCUAAGGGGUUGCCAAAAGAUGCCUCAGUUAUCUUGUCUCAUAAAAUGGAAGAACAUCACAAAUUGUAUGUUGAACUUACAAAAGAAGAUUUGAAGCCCAAGCAUCAUCUGGGAACUCAUUACCCAAGGAAACUAAAAUUGAUGGGACCAUAUUACUUGUUCUCAACUAUUCGUGAAGAAGCUAAGCAUCGAGAAGCCAGGAUGGUAGCAAAUGCAUGUAUGUCUCGUGUAAAUUUAUCUCGUACAGUAGCCAUAAAACACCAACUGAAUUUCGCUUACAGAUGUGUUAGUAAAUCCUCAAUUAGGCAGUUGAUGACGCAUGGUCCCUGUCACUUUAUUAAUUUGGUUGACUUGGAAACUUUUCCUUCUUUCAGCCUAACUCUUCCAGAUCAUAUUUUUAAGGAACCUAUGCAAACUGUUACAACUUGGGCUACUUACAAAGGCACUACCUAUGCACCUAAGCAAAUUCUUGUUUUUGAUGUGGAUGAUAUAGGUUUAUUUAAGUUUGCAGAAUUGGAGUUAAUUAUUGUAUGUGAAGAGAAACCACUGUUUCUUUGUUCUGCUUUGAAUACUAUUGGCUAUUUUAGUGGAGUUAGAGGAUAUGAAGUAGAGCAUACUGACAAUGUUAUAAAUUGGUUUGCUAUUGAACAAGAAAAGCUGUUAGAUCCUAUUCCUCUGCCUUUGUACCAGAUGUCCUCAGGAGAAAAGAUAGUAGUUCUUAAAUACACACUUUAAAGUGUUGCAAUGUCUUGUUAUCAUAAGCGUGCCAUAUGCUGUGUCUUUCUUGUCAAAAAGUGUACUUAGUCAGUAGACUGUGUGGUGUUAGUGCUUACGAAAGAAAUGUGAUUCAAUAUCCUGCCAAAAAGUGUGUUCAGUCAGUGGACUGUGAAGUUUAGUCUUAAGGAUUAUGAUAUAAUAAAACUUGUUUGUUCAUUCCACAUUUUUUCUUUAUUAAGGCAGUGUUUUCCUUGGCAUGCACCCCUUUAGAGGAAUGGGUGCUAGGGUAGGGGGCUGCAGCGAUGCUAAUUGCUUAGCAGAUAUGCGAAUUCGUCCCCUAAGACCUUAGCAGGCACGAUAAGAACCUUAGCUGGCAUGAUAAGAACCUGAGCAGAUGGGCUAAUUCUUCUUCUUGUGGCUGCUAACUUUCUUAGCGUCGCAGCUAAUUCGAGUCUGCUCAGAUUCUUAGCUCCUGCUGCUAAGUUCUGAGCUGUCCAUAUAUAGCUAAGAUUCUUACCUGCAGGAGCUAAAUCUUAGCAAGGGACGCUAAUUAUUUUUCUGCGUGUGGGUAGUGAAACCACUCUGCAGAACAACAGCGUAUCACGGGGUGUUAAAUAUGAUUGAUCAAAAUAGUUUGUGAACGGACCCGAUAUGCACACAUCGACAACACACUACAAACCUAACUGUCUACUAAGUACACACUUACAAAUGCAUGCUUGCAAGUACACACUUCUAAACGCAUGCUUGGCGCCGUAUAACUUUAUGCUAAGCAUAGGCAUUGGCAAGU